AUGGAGGCACACGAGCCGUUGCUUGAUUCACCAAGGCAAUCCACUGAACAUCAUCGUCAUGCUGAACAAAUUGAACACAUGGAGCCAUUGGCUGUUGGAGAUCAGCGACUCCAACGUCGAAUUGGUUGGGUAACCGGUGCAGCUGUCAAUAUCAGUUAUAUGAUAGGAUCUGGCAUUUUUGUUGGACCUUCGUUUACCAUGAAGCUCGUUGGGUCAGGUCUUAUGAACGUCUUUAUAUGGUUCCUGGGAGGUGUUCUUUCAAUGGCUGGUGCCUGGACAUUUGCAGAGUUGGGUACUAUGCUGCCUAGAAGUGGUGGUGAAGUAGGCUAUCUCGAAUACAUCUAUCGAAGACCAAAAUACCUCUUGGCGUUCCUGUUUACCAUGUGGAGCCUUAGCAACAGAGCAAGUGGCGUCUCAUCCCAAGGCACUGUUUUUGGAUCCUACAUGAAUUAUGCAUUCUUUGGCUCGGAUUACAAGUCGGAUUGGAUGGAACGUGGCUGGUCAGUGGCAUGUGCAACCAUACUCACCUUGGUGAAUAUCCUUUCGAGCAAGGCAUCGCUACGUGUAAUGACAUGUUUGACGGUUGUCAAGUUGACUAUUCUCGGUCUUGUUCUCUUUGUUGGUGUCUUAUCGGCGAUGGGAUUCUUGCCAGGGGAUGCGGAUAUGGGUUCUGCUUUAUCGUUUCAAGGGACAGCUACCAGCAUUGCACCAUAUGCAUCAGCAAUUUAUUAUGUACAAAGCAGUUACAGUGGAUGGCAGAAUCUCAAUUACAUUAUGGAUGAAGUUAAGGAUCCUAUCAAGAGUCUCCCCAAAGCACUUGCUGCAUCAUUGUUAUCCACCACUGUUUUGUAUGUCCUCACAAACAUUGCCUAUCUCGUGGUUCUCGGCCAAGGUGUCAUGGAGACGAAUAUGAUUGUGGCUGCUGCCUUCUUCACAAAGUCUCUUGGAGAAAACUUCGCAUCCACUGUACUUCCUAUUUUCAUUGGACUCAGCUCAUUUGGAUCAGGAGCAGCGAUGAACUUUUCAGCUGGAAGAUUGAUUAUGGAGGCAAGUCGAGCUGGCCUUUUUCCUUUUGGUCGUACUUUUGGACACGUUGAUCCACGCGUACAAAGUCCUGUCAAUGCCUACUUGCUUCAAUACGCUUUGACGAUCCUCUAUACUCUUAUCAUGCCUCGAGGAGCCGUAUACCAAUUCUACAUUGCAUUCACGGGAUAUCCACACUACGCAUUCUAUUUCAUGACUGUUAUUGGCGUAUUGGUUUUGAGGAAAAGGGAACCGCACAAUGCAAGACCUGUCACCGCCCCUUAUGCUUGCAUUGCUGCAUUUCUUUGUUUCACCGUGUACGCUUUGCUCUUUGUCUAUAUUCCGGUGGACUCUCCACAUUAUCCUUACUGGGCUCCAUACGUUACAGCCAUAUUCUACAUGGUCGCUUGCAGUGGUCUUUGGUACUACUUGAUUAUAGUGAAAGAUACGCCUGGUAAAUCCUAUAAUACCGAGAUCCGGAAACGAGGACAAGUUGCACUCGACGAAGAAGUUUUUGGUGAAGUAGAUACACUAGUAGAUGAGGAUCAUGAACGACGCAUACCCUAA